AUGAGAAGCCAUGGACAUUGGCGUAAAGUGCAAGAAAUGAUACGUUUCUAUUCUCCGUCCUCUUCUUCUUAUUCAAGUCUCUUGGAAUUUGUAAAUGCAGAUUUUCCUUCUACAUUAGGAAUCCGAGGAAGGCGCGAAUUUUCCCGUCUCUUGAAGCUACGUGAGUCAGAUGAUGAUCCGUUUCUAUAUCACAAUGUAGUUCAUGGUCAGAUCAUUGUAUCGGGUUUUGAGUCAGAUACGUAUCUAAGUAACGUUUUGAUGAAUUCGUAUUCGAAAGCUGGUGUUAUGGUUUAUGUACGUAAGUUGUUCGAUAAAAUGCCUGAGAGAAACUUGGUUACUUGGUCUACAAUGGUUUCAGCUUGUAAUCAUCAUGGGUUUUAUGAGGAGUCUUUGGUGGUUUUCUCAGAAUUCUGGAGGACGAGAAAAAACAGUCCGAAUGAAUAUAUUUUGUCGAGUUUUAUUCGAGCUUGCUCUAGAUUAGACGGUAGUAGUGGUCAUUCGAUGGUGUUUCAACUGCAGAGUUUUCUUGUCAAGAGUGGGUUUGAUCGGGAUGUUUAUGUCGGUACCUUGUUGAUCGAUUUUUAUUUGAAGGAAGGUGAUAUCGAUUAUGCAAGGCUUGUGUUUGAUGCUUUACCAGAGAAAUCUACUGUGACUUGGACAACAAUGAUUAGUGGGUGUGUAAAAAUGGGAGGAAGCUAUGUGUCAUUGCAGUUGUUCUACCAACUCAUGGAAGCCAAUACUGUUCCAGAUGGUUACAUCCUUUCGGCGGUGCUAAGUGCGUGUUCAAUACUUUUGUUUAUUGAAGGUGGGAAGCAGAUUCAUGCACACAUCUUAAGACAUGGACAUGAGAUGGAUGCCUCACUGAUCAAUGUGCUUAUAGAUACUUAUGUGAAAUGUGGCAGAGUUACAUCGGGUCGCAAGCUAUUUGAUGGAAUGUGGAAUAAAAACAUCAUUUCGUGGACCACGAUACUGUCUGGUUAUAAGGAAAACUCUCUUUAUAAGGAAGCCAUGGAAUUGUUUUCCAGAAUGUCAAAUUUUGGUUUGAAGCCAGAUGUGUAUGCUUGCUGUAGCAUACUCACAUCUUGUGCCUCACUUCAUGCUCUGGAAUAUGGAAGACAUGUCCAUGCGUACAUUAUCAAAGCCAAUCUUGGCAAUGAUAGCUAUGUGACUAACAGCUUGAUUGACAUGUAUGCGAAAUGUGAUUGUUUGACCGAUGCCAGAAAAGUUUUUGAUAUUUUCGCUGCUGAUGAUGUGGUUUUAUUUAAUGCAAUGAUCGAAGGUUACUCGAGACUUGGGACACAAUGGGAGCUUCAUGAAGCAUUGAACAUCUUUUGUGAUAUGAGGUUCAGAUUGAUUCGACCAAGCCUGCUGACUUUUGUUAGCCUUCUACGUGCAUCUGCUUCUUUAACUAGUUUGGAACUGUGCAAACAAAUCCAUGGGUUGAUGUUCAAAUAUGGGGUACACUUGGAUAUUUUUGCUGGAAGCGCCUUGAUUGAUGUUUACUCAAAUUGCUAUUGUUUAAAGGAUUCUAGGCUUGUGUUUGACGAAAUGAAAGAGAAAGAUCUUGUUGUCUGGAAUUCAAUGUUUUCAGGAUAUAUUCAACAAUCAGAGAACGAAGAAGCUCUCAAUCUGUUUUUGAAACUACAGAUAUCAAGAGAAAGACCUGAUGAAUUUACUUUUGCCGACAUGGUUACAGCAGCUGGCAACCUGGCAAGUCUUCAACUGGGUCAAGAGUUCCAUUGCCAGCUUCUGAAAAGAGGCUUGGAAUGUAAUCCUUACAUUACGAAUGCUCUACUAGAUAUGUAUGCUAAGUGUGGAAGUCCCGAAGAUGCUCAUAAGGCUUUUAAUUCAGCAGCUUCAAGAGAUGUGGUUUGUUGGAAUUCUGUAAUCUCAUCUUAUGCGAAUCACGGUGAAGGCAUUAAAGCUCUUCAGAUGCUGGAAAGAAUGAUGAAUGAAGGAAUAGAGCCUAACUACAUCACCUUUGUGGGUGUUUUAUCAGCGUGUAGCCAUGCUGGUCUUGUAGAAGAUGGACUUGAGAGUUUUGAGUUAAUGCUUCGACUUGGAAUUGAACCAGAAACUGAACACUAUGUUUGUAUGGUAUCUCUUUUAGGCCGUGCUGGUAGAUUGAACGAAGCAAGGGAGUUAAUUGAGAAAAUGCCGUGUAAACCACCUGCAAUAGUAUGGAGGAGCUUGCUGAGUGGAUGCGCAAAGGCUGGUAACAUCGAGUUAGCUGAACAUGCUGCUGAAAUGGCUAUUUCGUUAGAUCCAACGGAUAGUGGAUCGUUUACUUUGCUUUCUAAUAUUUACGCGUCAAAGGGUAUGUGGAGUGAUGCGAAGAAGGUAAGAGAAAGAAUGAAGUCUGAUGGUGUGGUGAAAGAACCUGGACGUAGUUGGAUUGAGAUUGAUAAAAAGGUUCAUAUCUUUUUGUCCAAGGAUAAAUCUCACCGCAACGCGAAUCAGAUUUAUAAAGUCUUAGACGAUUUUCUUGUGCAGAUCAAAGAGUUGUCCGGAAUCUGUGUUGAUCAAGUUACCGAGCAAUCUGGAAAACUUAAAGAGGUAUCAAGCUUGAUUGUAUCACGAAAGAAAGAGUUAACAUCUAUGUUAGUGGAGUUGAAGCUUAUCAAGGAUGAUUACAAUCAGAAGCAGAAACAAAAGCAAAUGAUACGUGUUAAAGACGAGCCGGAGAAGAAGGAAGAAGCAGCAAUGCCCAAUCCUGAGAAGAAGCUGAAGAAUAGCAGAGAGCAAAGAGCAAAAAUUAACACUCGGUUGGGUUCAAAUCCAAAGGAGGACUCAAAAUUUACCCCCGGUUCACUUCUCAGUUUCUUCGUAUCACUUAAACCGUUUAUGUUAGAAACCGCUCUCUCUGAUUCGACUGCAACCAUGGCGACUAUUAUGCAGAAGAUCAAAGAAAUCGAAGAUGAGAUGGGUAGAACACAGAAGAAUAAAGCCACUUCGCAACAUUUGGGUUUGUUAAAGGCUAAACUUGCUAAGCUAAGAAGGGACCUUCUUGCGCCACCUACCAAAGGAGGUGGUGGUGCUGGAGAAGGUUUUGAUGUGACUAAAAGUGGAGAUUCUAGAGUUGGACUUGUUGGGUUUCCUUCGGUUGGAAAAUCCACGCUCUUGAACAAGCUGACUGGAACGUUUUCCGAGGUUGCUUCAUAUGAGUUCACAACAUUGACAUGCAUUCCUGGUGUUAUCACAUAUCGUGGAGCUAAAAUCCAGUUAUUAGAUCUGCCUGGUAUUAUUGAGGGUGCUAAGGACGGAAAAGGUAGAGGACGACAGGUUAUAAGUACUGCUAGGACAUGCAACUGCAUCUUAAUAGUUCUUGAUGCCAUAAAACCAAUAACUCACAAGCGUCUCAUUGAAAAAGAGCUCGAAGGAUUCGGAAUAAGGUUGAACAAGGAGCCACCUAAUCUUACAUUCAGGAAAAAAGACAAAGGUGGUAUCAAUUUAACUUCUACAGUCACCACCACACACCUUGACCUCGAAACUGUCAAGGCGAUUUGCAGUGAGUACAGGAUGCACAACGCUGACAUCACUCUUCGCUAUGAUGCAACCGCUGAUGACCUCAUCGAUGUCAUCGAGGGCAGUCGGAUCUAUAUGCCCUGUAUCUAUGCCGUCAACAAGAUUGAUCAAAUAACACUCGAGGAACUUGAAAUUUUGGACAAACUUCCUCAUUACUGUCCUAUCAGUGCGCAUCUGGAGUGGAAUCUUGACGGUCUUCUCGAUAAGAUAUGGGAAUACUUGGAUCUAACUCGAAUCUACACCAAACCCAAGGCGAUGAAUCCGGAUUAUGAUGAUCCCGUUAUCUUAUCCUCCAAAAAGAGAACAGUUGAGGACUUCUGUGUCCGGAUUCACAAAGACAUGCUUAAACAAUUCAAGUACGCUUUGGUUUGGGGUUCAAGUGCCAAACACAAGCCACAGAGAGUUGGAAAGGAACACGAGCUCGAGGACGAGGAUGUUGUUCAGAUCGUUAAAAAGAUAUGA